UACUUGCUGUAAAUCAAGCCAGGAAGAUCGAGCCCAAGUACAAGACGAAUGGUUUGGGCAUGGUGCCUACGCCCCAGGUGUGCGUAUCAACCCUGGUCACGGUGAGCACGAUGGCAGUGGUGGACCUCUACUUGCUGGAGCAGAGCAUGCUGGGAGCUCGGGGUCUUUCAGGACCUAGCGUGUGGCAAUAUGUGGCAGUGUUGCUGGGCGAUUUGGGCUUCCUGCUCGCGCUGCGCUUCGUCUCAGCUGGCGUGGUGUCUGAGGCGCAGUCGCCACGGCGUGGAUUUGCCAACGCCCUCUGGUUCCUGUUCCUGUCCCUGCUCCAGCUCAAGCUCUUCUUCGUCUGCCACAACUACAGGCAGGAGCGUCGGCCACCUGAUCCUCUGGCCAGAAAGACCCUGACGCUGCUGCUGUCCAUCUGUCUACCCUCCCUGUUUCUCAUCCUGACAGGAGCUGACCACAUGACUCCGCAGCGGAGGAAGCAGGAGGUGCGGGGCCGGCUCCUCUGGGUGGUGGUUGACUUGCUGGAUGUGUUGGACCUGCAGGCGGGGCUGUGGGAAGCCCAAGGAGGGUCUGCAGCCGGUACUGGAGGGAUUGUAGAGCAGAGGCUGCCCAUUUGGGCUGAGGGUCUGGUUUUCUUUUACUGCUAUGCCCUCCUGCUGCUGCUGCCGUGUGUGGCACUCACAGAGCUGGGAGCCACUGGUCUGCCAGGACAGAGAGGACCCCGCAAGGAGGCUUUGUACCCUUGGCUUAGCUUGGUCACUAUCAAUAUUUUCACCUUAGCCCUGAGGGGUGCAGGGAUGCUGUGGUAUAGGGACCCCCGCGUGUCCACUGUGUUUCUGGGCAAGAACCUGCUGGCUCUGGCUGUGAAGCUGAACUCAGCCUGGGAGAGACAUAAACAGGAGCGCGGUGCUGCAGGAGGCGGGACUGUGGCAGGAGCAGAACCGGGAGACUCGACCUUGCCAAACACGGGUACAGAGCAGGGAGAGGGCCAGGCCCAGGGGAAAGCUCCUCCCUCUAAUUAUCACACACUGUCUCAUUCUCAAAGCCACUCGCUCUCCCACGUCAGCCUGGAGCCCACAGCGACGCCUUUAGGACCCUCUUUCAUCUCCCAUGAACUUUAGAGAAUCACUCUGAACGUGCACGCGUGCACACAGGCGUGCACCACAACCACAGUGAAAAUUCACGCUGGUAUCACAUCCAAACAGAUAACUGUACUGAAUUUCAGUACAACAGCGGAGGUUAUAAUGCAGAACUGUGGAAUUGCAUUUGGCAAGUUUGGCUUUGUGCACAUCUUGUUGUGCUCAGAAUAAUUCUAAAAGCAGUGCCGUGAUUUGUGGAUGUGUAUUUUUAAAAGUCAACACUGUGAACCCAUCUGUCAGAUUGUAAAGACUUUUUCAGAAAUGUGUGCUGAAGUCUGCUAUUGUUCAUCGUGGUUUAAUCUUGAUUUCGCUGUCAUCACGUUUGUGGAAUUGCAUUGUCAGAUUUGUUUUUUUCCCCCUUUUUUUAAAGAAUUCUGCUUUCCUGAUAAAUAUCUGCUAUCACUGAUUCAUUGCAGCCCUUUAGGGGUGCGAAACAGAAAUUUGUUGCACAGAUUCAUGAGGUUUCAGGAAAAAAAAAAAAAAA